AUGACCCGGUUCUUUAUGCCCACCCACACCAAUGUGCUGGAGGAAACACUGAUGACCAAAGUCAGCCUGCAGGCACCUGGCCCGCCAGAGCGCGAUGAGCCAAAGACUGUGUUGCCAUGGAAUGGCACAGAGUCGAUCUGGAAUCGGCCUCGCUGUGGUGUUCCAGACUAUCCUACUCAGAAGCAAAGUGGCAACUCGGACUACCACAUGCAGAAGGGGGGCACCUUUGGAGGAAAGCAGCGGCGGAAGCGCUUCGUUGUCUUUGGGGGGCGCUGGGACAAGACUGACCUCACCUACAAGAUCAUGCGCUUCCCCUGGCAGUUGAGUAAUGAGAAAGUCCGUCACAUCUUGCAGGAGGCUCUGCGUGUGUGGAGUGAAGUCACACCCUUGAAGUUCACUGAGGUCAGCAGUGGGAGAGCUGACAUCAUCAUCGACUUUACCAGGUACUGGCAUGGUGACAACCUGCCUUUCGAUGGUCCUGGAGGCAUUCUGGCCCAUGCCUUUUUCCCCAGAACUCACCGGGCAGGCGACAUCCACUUUGACUAUGAUGAGAGUUGGACAGUGGGAAACAGCAUGGGCACGGAUCUCCUGCAGGUGGCGGCCCAUGAGUUUGGCCACGUCCUCGGCCUCCAGCACUCCCUGGUCGACGGAGCCGUCAUGUCCCCCUUCUACAGCUUCUCCUAUCCCCUGGAGCUGAGCGACGAUGACAAGCAGGGCAUCCAAUACCUGUAUGGUCCGCUGCGAAAAGCCCCGCCCGUCAUCACAGAGACCAAUGAGAUCGAAACCACUGUGCCGGACCCCUGCAGGACUAACUUUGAUGCGGUGUCCAUGAUCAGAGGGGAGAUGUUCUUCUUCAAGUCCCGCUACGUGUGGCGUAUCCGUGAUGGCCAACUGCAGGCGGGGUACCCGGCGCUAGCAACACGCCACUGGAGGGGGAUCCCCGACAACAUCGAUGCGGCCUACGAAGACAAGACUGGAAACAGCUGGUUCUUCCAAGGCGACAGUUACUGGGUGUUUGACGCGGAGAGGAGGAUCACGGGGCCGGACUCAGUGCGUCGGCUGGGCCUUCAAGUGUCGGACAUCCAAGCAGCCCUCAUGUGGGGCGAGGACAAGGCCCAGAAGACCUACCUCUUCAAGUCGGGCACCUACUGGCGCUUCAGCCCCCUGGAGAACCGGGUGGACACAGCACACCCGCGUAGCAUGCAGGACUGGAGGGGCAUCCCCAAGGAUAUUGACGCAGCUUUCCAGGACCGAUAUGGCUUUGCUCAUUUCCUGAGUGGGAGACAGUAUUGGAAGUUUGACCCCGUGGAGGUGAAGGUUCUGGAAGGAUACCCCCGCUAUAUCGGCAUGGACUUCUUUGGCUGCCCCGCUUCCUUUUAUCGAUAAAGCCAGGAAGAGUCCAUAUCGCCCCAAGAGGUGAAUGGAAUAUCAGGGCCAUCUUUAUUUUUUUGCUCUUAAGACUAAUGUUGUUCCACUGGGACUUUAGACUGAUACAAUUACAUCAUUGUGUAACAUAAACAGGAUGACUGUUGAUUUUGGUCUACUGGAGGUCAGGACUUGAUGCUAUUGGUUGAAACCUUCAUUAUGACCCCAGUCUGAGGUCCGGGGCAGUCUGAAGACCAAUAGAAAUUGAGGUCAUAAUUCAAAGGGUGAAUUGAGUACAUUUAGUUUCAUCAUCAUCCACAAUAUGAUAAUAGCUGGUUUGAAAUCGAUGCACACUGUUUGAGAGAUACGACAGAAAAACAAUGUACGCAACUGGUAUUUGUAAAUGGACAUUUUCAUUCAAGAUAAGUAACUUCAAUACUUUUGUUCACGAUAAUCAUAACUCAAUUUUAA